AUGUUUCUACCAAGUGUUCAUGCAGAGACGGACACGGAUGUCCUUCUCCAGUUCAUUCGCGAAAAUCCACUGGGAAUGCUGAUUACGGGCGUCAAAUCAUCCAAUGACUUCCUUCAAUGCACGCACGCCCCAUUUGUCAUUGACUUACCCGGGGAAACAGACGAUUCCGCACCACAGGGUCAACUGCGCGCCCACAUUGCCAAGCAAAACCCACAGAUCCAAAGCAUGAUCGAAGCCCUGGAAAAGAAGCCCGAUGUUCUCGAACUCGAUGAAGAUGUCCUUGUGGUUUUCAAUGGCAAACAUGAUCACUACGUGACACCGAAAUACUACGUGGAAACGAAGCCUGACACGGGCAAAGUCGUCCCGACAUGGAAUUACUCUGCUGUGCAGAUCUACGGAAAACUCUCGCUUUACUAUGAUUCGAAGACCCCCGAAGCCGGCCAAUUUUUGGCCCAGCAAAUCCAUGAUCUUUCACAACACACGGAGAGGUCGAUCAUGGGUUAUACGGGUGGCAAAAAGCCUGAGCCGUGGAAGGUCUCUGAAGCUCCGGAGGAAUACGUGGAAUUACUAAAGCGGAAUAUUGUUGGAAUCAAAAUCCGUAUCGAUAAAAUCCAAGGCAAGUUCAAGAUGAGCCAGGAGAAGCGACCAGGCGAUCGGGAGGGCGUGAUUCAGGGAUUCGCUAGUAUGGGAAGUGAGACGGGAGACGCUAUUUCUUCAUUGGUGAAAGAACGCGGUGCAUUGUACGAUGCGAAGAAACAGACAGCCUAA